AUGGCUAUAAAACAGAGAAAGAUUGCGUUAAUGGGGUUCCGUUCAGUGGGCAAGUCUUCGUUGACUCUUCAGUUCGUUGAGGGAAAGUUCAUCGACUCUUACGACCCGACCAUUGAAAACACUUUCGUAAAGAAUGUCAAAAUCAAAGGACAAGAAUACGGCCUUCGGUUAGUGGACACCGCGGGUCAGGACGAGUACUCCAUCUUCCCUCAGGCGUACGCCAUCGACAUUCACGGCUAUUGUCUGGUCUAUAGCAUAAACAGCCAGAAGUCGUUUGAAGUCGUAAAAGUGAUUCACGAAAAACUGUUAGAUAUGACCGGAAAAGUGCACGUUCCCAUCGUUCUCGUGGGCAAUAAACUAGAUCUUGAAGUUGAGAGAUGUGUGUCUUAUGAAGAGGGCAAACAACUCGCAGACCUAAUGAAAGCAGACUUUGUCGAAGUCAGCGCCAAAAACAACCCAAAAGUAACCGAUUUUUUCCAUAAACUGAUCAUUUCUAUCGAAAGAGGACACGAGUCGACAGUUAAUGCAAACGACAGGCAAAGUAAAUGUACGAUCGCCUGAACGCGUUGUUAAAUAUACAGUACUUUAAUGUGAUUAUUGUAUAAAAAUUAUUAGACAAUAAUUAUUCGCUAAAAAAACAAAAACAAAAAACCAUUAAUUUGUAAAUUAACUUAUAUUAUAUAUGAAUGAACUUUUUUAACACAAUUGUAUUUCGUUUAAUAAAUGAUUUAUUUAACGACAAA